UGUUGUGUGAGUUGCUUGUGCUGCUGCUGCUGCAGUGUCAGCUAUUUAAAUGCAACUAACGGACACACAUCAGCCAACCAACCAACUAACAUGCUACUAGACGACGCCGUCGCGGUCAUCACUCAUCAUCAUCAUCAUCAUCAUCAUUAUCGUCAACGUUUCUUCUCAUGGUACCUCAUCUGCGGAAGAUGAAUAACACUUGUUCAAGUACGCGCGGUCUAGGAAGGAUGCCCACUUAUUCAAACAUUCACUUUUGCGCUAUAUGCAAAACCAAAUACCUACUACUAUCCCCAAACAUCAUACUACAAUAUAAAAGCAGAUUAUUCCAUCAUCGAAAAAUCAAAUCCAAUUGUAUCUUCACGGCAGUAAGAUGAAGGUGAUAAUUAUUUUAUCAAUAGCAACGUCUGUGUCACUGGGAAGUUUGGAGCCGGAGGGUUAUAAACCACCACACUCUGCUGGCCAAUCAGAUCAUUAUUUACCAGCAUCAUUAUCCUCGUCAAGUCACCGUAGUAUUUUACCAAACCAAGGACUAACACCAGAAUCCCAUUAUCUCCCGACGAGUUACCAAAGUCCAUCUCAAAAUAAUAAUCAGUACACUGGGGGUGCCGUUGGAGCUGGGGUUGCUAGCGGAGCUGGUGUCAUUGGUGUCGUUGGUGUCGUUGGUGCUUCCAGUGCUGGUGGACAACCUCGACAGUCUAACGUUCUCGCCAGUGGAAACAUAAAUCAACCACCUGGAAAUUACUAUCCUUCCAGUCCAAUCGGGUAUCCUGAUGAAAGCUUUGCGGGCUACGACAUUCACCAACCAUUAGCCAAAUACGAAUUCGAGUAUCGCGUUAACGACGAAUAUGGAAAUGACUACAGUCACAAAGAAAGUAGAAAUGGCGAUGAUUCUACCCAGGGAGUUUACACAGUUUUAUUACCUGAUGGACGCAAACAAAUUGUUCACUACACUGCUGACCAGGAUGGUUACAAGCCCAAAAUUACUUACGAAGAAUCCGCAACUGGUUAUGGUCAAGGAGGAUAUCAGUAUUAGCAUUCAAAUUAAAAUUUAUUAAGCCAUAUAUAAAUAAUCUAGUUAUUUUUUGCUAGCAAUUUAUCUAUGUACGUGUUUUACAUAAUU